AUGUUAGUAAAUUAUUUUAGAUUAAAACUUAGAAGAUGCAACAAUAAUUUAAAUAGCUUCAAAAGUUUUUAUAGGUAUAUAAGUGAUGAUAUAAAAGAAGAAAUUAUAACACAUAGUUAUAGCAAAAAAGAAUAUGAAAACAAUAUAGAUAUAUCAGAACAAUGUAAAAAUUAUAUAGAUUUAAAACAAAAAAUAUUUUACGAUUAUUUAUCUAAAAAAACUAUAUUAACAUUCCCAAAUAAAAAAAAAAUAAAAGAUACUAAAAAAGGUAAUGAUGAUGAAAAAAAAUUAAACGAAAAUGAAAGCUUAGUCGAACAUAAAAAUAGAGAAAAAGAAGAAAUUUGCGAAAAUUAUGAAAACAUAUCUAUAGAAUAUUUAAGUGAAUAUAAAAAAUGGAAUAAGAUAGUAAAUAAAAAUGAAAAAGUUCAAGAAGAUGAAAAAAAUAAAAUAAGUAAUCAAAAAGUAAAAAAAAGAGAUGACAUUACUUUAAAAAAAAUAGGAAAAGAGAAAAUAGAUGUAGACAUUGAAAAUUCUAAAAAAGGUUAUUCUGAUGGAAUAAAAGCAGAAUCAUAUACAAAUAAUAAUGAAUUAAAAAUAAAGCAUGCUGAAAACUGUGAAAUACCUAAUGAAAUUUUUUUAAGUACUAAUAGCUUACCAAGUACUAUUAGCAAUGAUUUAGCUAAUAUAUAUAUAGAUAAUAGCAAAUAUUUUAACUUUAGUGAUAAGCAAAGAGAAAUUAAAGAAAUGAAAUUAAGUCAGUACUGUUCUAAUUAUGGCAUAUGUAGUUCCAGAUUUGCAUUUAAUAAUUUAAAAAAUGGGAUUUUAAAAGUUAAUGAUAAAAUAAUUUAUGAAAAUGUUAGUGUUUGUUUGGAUAAAGAUAAAAUUGAACUAACAAAGAGAGGAAAAGAAUUACUUAAGAAUAAAAUAACAAUUAUUAUAAAUAAGCCUAAACAUUAUUUAUCCCUGUCAACAGAUAUUAAAUCAAAUAAAAAACUUCUGGUCAGGAAUUUAAUAAGAAAUGAAAAUAAAUUCAUAGAAGAAGAUCAUAAAUGUAUGAGUUAUUUUAUUUAUAAAAAUGUAAACAUUGAAAAAGUCAAUAAUUUGUAUGUAUGUGGUAGAUUAGAUGCUAAUUCCAGUGGCUUACUGAUUUACACGCAGAAUACUUUAUCAAAUAAUUAUUUAUUAAAUAAAUAUAAAUAUAAAAUUGAAAAGGAAUAUGUAAUUAAAACAUAUAACGAAAUAAAAGAAAUAAAUUUAAAGUUAUUACAGCAAAAUUUAUAUAUUGAUGGUAAACUAAUUUAUAAAUGUCACAUAAAAUAUAUAGAUAGUUUUACACUUAUAAUUAAAUUAUAUCAAGGCUUUCAUAAAAUAAUAAGAAAAAUUUGCUUACUAUCCAAUAUUAAAAUUAAAUCUUUGCAUAGAGUAAGGAUAGGAAACAUUCAUAUAAAUAACUUACCUUUAGGAAAAUGGAGAUUUCUUAUGCCCAAUGAAUCUUUUUUUUAA